AUGGCUGCUCUCGCAAAACGAGAAUUCGCUGAACUCGCCCUCGAUGGAAGCAAUUUCCUCACUUGGGCACUUGAUGUUGAGAUAUAUCUCCAAUCUACAGAACUGCUGGACACCAUUGAAGAGACAUCUACGAGCACUGCAGCCCAGAAGACGUCAUUGGUCCACCCCCAGGCCCAACAUGAUUGGCUUAACCUCCGAUUUCAAGACUUUAAGUCUGUGACUGAAUACAACUCCGCCCUACACAAAAUUGUGUCACAAUUGAAGCUCUGUAAGCAAACAAUUACGGAUGAGGAUCUGAUUGAAAAAACUCUAUCCACGUUCCAUCCAAAUGACCUUGUGUUCCAGAAGCAGUACAGGAAUACAAAAUAUGAUACGCAUCCAGAGCUCAUUACGGAUUUACUAGUGGCGGAAAAGCAUAGCCAGUUAUUGAUGCAAAAUCACAAUGCGCGUCCAACUGGCUCUGCUCCUGUGCCUGAAGCACACACUGUUGCCCAGCAGAGCGACAAUCGGCGGGGUCGAGGCCGGGGAAGGGGGAGAGGUCGUGGCAGGGGCCCAAAGCGAGGUGGCAGAGGGGGAGCUAGCGGUAGUAACUCCCGUCCUCAGAACAAGCAAACUCAAAGAAAUGGACCAAACAAGUCACAACAGAACUCCGGUCAGUCGCAGCCAUGUUAUAAAUGUGGUUGCAAAGGACAUUGGUCUAGGACAUGCAGGACUCCUAAGCAUCUGGUCGAGGCUUACCAAAAGAUGCUCCAGCAGGAAGGAGGACAAAAGAAGAAAGAUUCUGGGCAAUCAUCUUUGCCUGAAGCAAAUGCCCUCAUCUUAGGGAAUGAUGACCUGCUAGGCGAUGAACUAGCUAAUUAUGGAGAUCAGGAGUGA